UUUACAGCCAAAAGCGGAGGAGUCGGACUGGAUAGAGAGAGAGACCUACAAGGUAGAGGACAGGAGGUUUAAACCUGUCAUCUUUACCAUCACUAUCAUCACUCUCAACCAACCAGUCAAUCAAGUUGUUUAAUUCUGAGACGUUUCUACAACGGACCAAAACGGAGCCGAACGAGGAAGACGGACAGCGACCCUCUCUAACUUCUGCAAUCAUGAUGUCAAUGAACAGCAAACAACCUUUUAGUAUGCACCCCAUACUGCACGAGCCCAAAUACACGCCUCUGCAAUCGACCUCGGAGGCCAUCCGGAGGGCAUGCAUGCCCACUCAUUCGCUGCAGGGAAAUAUCUUCGCCGGCUUCGAUGAGACUUUACUGCAGAGGGCUGAAGCGCUGGCUGCGGUGGAUAUAGCCAAGAGCCACCCUUAUAAACCAGACGCGACCUACCACACCAUGACCACCAUGACCAGCAUGACCUGCACCCCCACCUCAUCCUCGGGCCACCUCCACCACCCGUCCGUGCUCACCUCGCACCACCACCACCCACAUCACCAGGGCUCUCAGGGCCUGGACGGUGACUUGCUGGACCACCUGACCCCGGGAAUGUCCGUUUCCUUGGGAGGGAUGCCUGGUUCCGAUGUCUGCUCCACUGCCUCCCAUCCGCACGCCCACAUGUCCGCCAUCAAUCACAUGCAGCACCACCACCACCAGCAGGCCAUGAACAUGCAUCCUCACAGCAUGGGCUCGCACACUUCGCUGGGUGGCGGUGGGGAAUCAGAACCAGAUCCCCGGGAGCUGGAAUCCUUCGCAGAGCGGUUCAAACAGAGGCGGAUCAAGCUGGGUGUGACGCAGGCGGACGUCGGUUCUGCCCUAGCGAAUCUUAAAAUUCCUGGGGUCGGUUGUCUCAGUCAGAGCACAAUUUGCCGGUUCGAGUCCCUCACCUUGUCUCAUAACAACAUGGUGGCCCUGAAACCCAUCCUGGAAGCGUGGCUGGAGGAGGCGGAAAGGGCCCAGAGGGAGAAAAUGACCAAGCCUGAGAUUUUCAACGGAGGAGACAAGAAGAGAAAACGCACCUCGAUCGCUGCUCCAGAGAAGCGCUCUUUGGAGGCAUAUUUUGCGGUGCAGCCGCGACCGUCGUCUGAGAAGAUUGCAGCAAUAGCUGAGAAACUGGACCUGAAAAAGAACGUGGUCAGAGUGUGGUUUUGCAAUCAGAGGCAAAAGCAGAAAAGGAUGAAGUUCUCUGCGACACACUAGGCCAAAUAAAGAGCACAACUCAUCGAAUUGACAAAUCAUAAAUAAAUAGGCAAUCGGCUAAGAUGGUUUUGAGGCUAGCAGACAAGAUGCGCAUCGCUCCUUUGAAUUGGUAUAAAGACUUGAAAACCAAUAUCCUCGUGGGCGAUACGUAUUGCCUAACUUUUCAAAUGUAAAACGGAACAUAUCUACGAAUAGCCUACAAUAACAUUGAAACAGAAGAUCGACGUCAUCAUAUUCUCCAUGGAGGCCGAAAAGAGAACCCCCCAUAACUCAUGGCAAUUAUUGUACAAAAAUGGGAAUCGAAUAAUAAUGUUAUUAUUCUCCUCCAUCAGAAUAACUCUUUUAUAUUUAUCAUUGUAAAUAUUUGUGAAUACAUUGCACCUGCGUGUGUGAAGAGCUCAUCGAAUUCGUUCUUUUUUGAAAAAUUCUAAUUGUUGUUUGCUGAAGACAACUGAUGCUAGGGCGUAAUGUUGUCUUCAUUCUAUGUCUCAGAGAUUGUUGGAUCUCCGUAACACGGGGUAUAAUAACUGUAAUCAUUCAUUGCAUGGUUUACUCGUAGGGCGUUAUAUGUGCAUUAAUAGUUCUAAAAACCCAUCUGAAAACAUUGCAAUAAGAGAGCAUACACACGGGCCAACGCACUUACACGCGGACAUACACAGUAGGCUAUCUGUGUCUACCUCAUUAGUGUUGCCACAUUCAUGGUCGUUUUGGGCUAUAGGAGUAUAAAAACACAAAAGACGAAAAGUUUUUUCGUUACAUUAUUUUUUUCUCACAACGUUAUGCUUGAAUUAGAUGACUCACAGAUAUUUAAACGUGUGUCUGUAUUAUUUUCACUGCAAUGAUGCUUUGACAAUCAAAUUAUUUACAAUAAUUGCGUUGUAAAACGUCCCCUUUAUGUCCUCAUGUGAAAACUAAGAUAUUUGUGUUCUAUUUGUUAUGAUGAUGAUAAUUAGGCAAUGAAUGGAAAUAUUGGUUUCAUUGCAUCCCAGACUUUAGUGCACUUUGUAGAUAUUCUAAACAUGAGGAAUUGUUGACAUUUAUAUUUUCACCCGUUGCUUAAUUUGGUUCAUUUUUAUUUACCUAUUAAUUUAUUUGAACUUAAUUUAUUUAAAAUACAACGUAUUUCAUUUGUGAAGGUGUGCUUAAAUGUGUCUGUGUAAACGACAGAAACUAAAAUAAACCAUGCACGUUUUACCUCA